CAAAAGCAAGAACCCGCUAUCGGACCGCUGCCAGAUGCUGAGUGUGCUGUUUCAUCAGAUUCAGUAUAUUUUCGCUUGCUUUACAACUUCACUAAAACAUUUGUCUUAAGAGGAACAAAAAAAUGUUUCUAUUUCAUAUUCAACAUCAAAAUGGCGAAUUCCGUUUCAUCCACCACAUAUCGUAAAACAUACCAGCAUUUAAAAGGACUUCGGGGCGAAGUGGAAACUGGUUAAAUAUUAACGGAGAUAAAAGCUACACAUGGCUCGAAGCUUGGACCUUGUAACCAAUAGAAACGCCUGCCUUUUAUCCUGUCGUAAAGUUACUGUCAAACCGGAAUACGGCACGGUGGCACAUGUAAAGUGGAGCUGUGUGUUUCGGACUUGGAAAGAAGAAAUGUGAUAUAAAAUAAGACAAAUGUUCCCGAUCGCUGGACGUUUUGGGGAAGUCGAAGGCUGUAUUUUUAGUUAAUUCCAAAUGCUUACUGAGUGAUUUUUCAAUCUGAGAUGUUCCUGGCGGUUUAUAGAAAUAUCUUAGUAACUUGUGCGAAACGGCAAGUGUUGAGCUUUGCAAAGAGUUGUAUCGCAGCUGGUCAGACGAGGGCUGCUCCGAGCUCGUGCGUUUGGAGGAAUGCAUUAACAUCUUGGGGACAUAAAAUGUCACAGAAGUGUCUCUGGAGCGAGAAGAAAUUUCUCCAGAGAGUGAAAGUGACGCUUUCUUCUUUGGGGGAGUGGCCCAGCCUGGGGAAUUUUCCGUCGGAUAAACUACAUGGUCAUGUAUCAACUUAUAGAACUGCCUUUCCUGAACCUUGGGGUGGUCGACAAAUGCCUGCUUUUUCAUUGGGUGCCCAACUAACAAACCAGGGAAGCUGUCAGAUACAGAAAAGGACACAUCCUUACAGUCCAGCUGUAAACAGUUCGGCAAUCUCCAUGUUAAACCCUAAGCCCCUUAUGCAGAGCGUCUCCCAUUUCAGCAUAACCGGAAGUUCAUUCGUACUUCAGGGUUACAGGGGGUACAGUAACUCUGCAAAGCCCAAACCUCAGGGCGAUGAAGGCUCUUUACAAAGGGAUACGUCAAAGGAGCGUGACUUUACAAAGCCAUCAAAAGAAGGGUUGUCAAAUUUUAAAGAACUGUAUGAAAAUCCAUGGACCAUACCAAAUUUCCUGUGCAUGGCCAGAAUUGCUCUGGCCCCAGUCCUGGGAUACUUGAUUGUGGAACAGUGGUUUCAUCUCUCUCUUGGCCUCUUUGUUUUAGCUGGAGCAACAGAUUUGCUGGAUGGGUACAUUGCUCGCAACUGGGCCAAUCAGAAAUCAGCUCUGGGGAGUGCUCUCGACCCAUUGGCUGAUAAAAUACUCAUCAGUGUGCUAUAUAUAAGUUUGACUUAUGCCAGUCUUAUCCCAGCUCCUCUUACGGUGUUGGUGAUCUCCAGAGAUGUGGUCUUGAUUGCUGCGGUUUUCUAUGUUCGCUACAAAACGAUUCCCCCUCCGCGGACGCUCAGCAAAUUCUUCAAUCCCUGCUAUGCUACAGCUCAGCUUAAACCAACGUCCAUCAGCAAGGUGAACACUGCAAUCCAGCUUAUACUUGUGGCGGCAUCACUGGCUGCCCCGGUAUUCCAGUACACGGACAGUGUGUUUCUUCAGACCCUCUGGUUUAUAACUGCACUGACAACUGCGGCAUCUGGUUACAGUUACUACCAUUAUGGGAAAAAGACUGUAGAGGUCUUAAACAAGUCAAAGUGAUUUUUCCAUAAGAACAGAGGAUUAUUUGGAGGUGGUGUUUAGAAAAUCGUGUUGUAAUGACAGCCUGGAAACUACUAUGAAGAACCAGACUGAAUUUCUACAUCUGCUGUGUGGGAACUGAUCCUAUGAAUUUUAGAAGGGAAGGGCUUCUUUUGUCGUAUUAUUUAAUAUGAUCUUAAAUUGAGAGGACAUUUUCUCAUUGAAUCACAUGUAAAUGCCUUGUAUACAAAUAAAAAACAAAAUCUGUGUUGUGUUUUUUAA